UCGGCGCAACCAGCGGAUCCACGGAGACCCGGACACACACACUCACACACACACACACUCACACACUCAGACACACACACGGCACCAUGACUGCAGCCAGCAACACCUACGACGUGGUGGUGGUCGGCGGAGGAAUAUCAGGUUUGAGUGCAGCAAAGCUGUUGAAAGCCAAUGGACUGACUCCUGUUGUUCUGGAGGCCAGAGAUCGGGUCGGGGGACGAACGUUCACUGUGCGGAAUAAGGAGACAAAAUGGGUCGAUCUGGGCGGGGCUUACAUCGGACCGACUCAGAACCGCAUCCUUCGAUUGGCCAAAGAGUACGGCAUCCAGACCUACAAAGUCAACGAGCAGGAGAGCCUGGUGCAUUAUGUCAACGGAAAGUCUCACCCGUUCAAAGGCUCUUUUCCUCCCAUGUGGAACCCCUUCGUCCUGCUGGACUUCAACAACCUGUGGAGGACGAUGGACGAGAUGGGAAAGGAGAUCCCCAGAGAGGCCCCCUGGAGGGCCCCCCAUGCCGAGGAGUGGGACAAGAUGACCAUGCUGCAGCUGUUUGAGAAGAUCUGCUGGACCAGUAAAGUCCUCCACUUCGCCAAGCUGUUUCUGAACGUGAACGUGACCUCUGAACCCCACGAGGUCUCAGCUCUGUGGUUCCUCUGGUACGUGAAGCAGUGCGGAGGGACCAUGAGGAUCUUCUCCACCACCAACGGAGGACAGGAGAGGAAGUUUGUGGGUGGCUCGAGUCAGAUCAGCGAGUUCAUGGCAGACGAGCUGGGAGACCUGGUGAAACUUGAGUCUCCGGUCUACCGCAUCGACCAGAGCGGAGACAUGGUGGAGGUUCAGACGCUGGACAAACAGAUAUACACGGCCAAGUAUGUGAUCGUGGCCACGCCCCCCGGUCUGAACAUGAAGAUGCACUUCAGCCCCGAGCUGCCCCCCCUCAGGAACCAGCUGAUCAGCCGCGUGCCCAUGGGCUCUGUCAUCAAGUGCAUGGUGUACUACAGGGAGAACUUCUGGAGGAAAAAGGGUUACUGUGGCAGCAUGGUGAUCGAGGAGGAAGACGCUCCCAUCAGUCUGACGCUGGAUGACACGAAGCCUGAUGGGAGUGUACCCGCCAUCAUGGGAUUCAUCCUCGCCCGCAAGUGCAGAAAGCUAUCAGGGCUGACCAAAGAGGAGAGGCUGAAGAAGAUCUGUGAGAUCUACUCCAGAGUGCUGGGCUCCGAGGAGGCUCUGCAUCCGGUGCAUUACGAGGAGAAGAACUGGUGUGAAGAGGAAUACUCCGGAGGCUGCUACACCGCCUACUUCCCCCCGGGAAUCCUUACACAGUAUGGAAAGGUGCUGAGGGAGCCGGUGGGCAGGCUGUAUUUCGCAGGAACAGAAACAGCUACAGAGUGGAGUGGAUACAUGGAGGGGGCGGUGCAGGCGGGAGAGAGAGCCGCAAGAGAGGUCCUGUGUGUAAUGAAGAAAAUCGACAAGAGUCAGAUCUGGCAGACGGAGCCUCAGUCUGUGGAAGUGCCAGCAAUCCCGUUUGUCACCACUUUCUGGGAGAGAAACCUGCCUUCAGUCGGCGGUCUCUUGAAAUUUAUGGGGGUUUCCGCCUUCCUUUCUGUGGCCACUGUCUCCGGCCUGGUGAUCUACAAAAAGGGUCUCAUUCCCCGGAGUUAAACCACAACAGACUCUUUACUGCACUACUUUAUGUCCCAAUCUGCAGAGUAGUGAGCUGUAUCGAGUAUAGGAUGUUGUGAGGAAGACUCACAGUAGAAAAAACACUAACGCACCGUCACUAUGUGCACCGUCUGUACGAUGAGAAAGAGAGAAAGUGAGACAGAGGAAGUGUUUAAAUCCACGUCUGAGAUCCAGAUGUGAAACCAAUGAAGGAAAGAAUCAUAAAAAGCAUACAGAAUAUAUGUAAAUCACUAUUAACAGUACACACAUUGCCAAUGACAUUCUUACUUACAUGUGAGUUUAUCGACUCAUUAUGCUUUCUGUGUGUGUGUGUGUGUGUGUGUGUGUGUGUGUGUGUGUGUGUGUGUGUGUGUGUGUGUGUGUGUGUGUGUGUGUGUGUGUGUGUGUGUGUGUGUGUCUUAAUUACCUCUGCUGAUUUUAGGUGCUAAUUUAUUCUGGCCGAGCAGCUGUAGCUGUUUGAUGAGAUGCCCGCUGCAAAAUCACAGAGCAGGUUUUAAGGAUAAGGCUGUUGGGAUGCUAGCUUGUUGUCAAUAAAUCCCAUGAAAACACUUUGAGUUAAUUACGUUACUUAAGGUACGUGAAUUAAAAUACCUGAAAACCUGAAAACGAGCAUAAUUGGGCCCCUUUAAGGCCUGCAAGAUCCUACACUCAUUUGAAACGAAUCUCUUUAACAUAUUACUCACAAAAGCACCAAAUUCACGUCUGAAAAUAGUCACUGUUUGAGAAACAUUCACAAAAAAUGAGAGUACAUGUUUAUAAGGAUUUUACUCCACCUUUAAAAAAAGAAACACCAACAAACAAGGGUCUAACAAGGCUUAAAAAAGUCAGAAAUGAUUGAGAGACACAGUCAUGUAUUGUCGGUUUUCAUGGGAUUUGUUGACAAUCAAAAAAAAAGCAGAAUAAAAAAUGCAUAAAAAGCCUUAUCCUGUUAUUAAAAUGCGUAUUUAGUGGUGAUGUCGUGCUACUAAGCUGCUCUGUUAUCUUUUAGUAAAUGUAAUGAAAGCAUUCGAAUGUAUUUUCUUCAGACUAAUAACACAAACUCUUUGUCACUGCGUUUUGAUUUACAGAUAUAUAUGUAUUUCUAUACAAAAGUAGUGCGGUAGCUAACCAAAAACACUAUUAA